AUGGCCCUCCUUGCCCGCCCGUCACCACCCUCACCAUCGCGAUCGCUGUCCACUCGGCUCUCCGUCUCUCUGCUUACCCCGCCUUCCGUCACUUCUAUCUCCCAACCAUUAACACAUCACAUGAUCAGACCCUCACCCCCCACAUCCCAUCAUCACCGCGCUAACUAUUCGUCACAAUGCUCAAUCAGUUCUUGGACACACGUAACUGACAACACAAUUGCAGUAACCACAACCACUCACGUCGCUACCAUGUUUGUGAACCUCAGCACGUCCACCCAUCGCCCCCAUCCCCAUCCCCAUCUACUCAUCUAUCCAUCCUCACAUUCAAUAAUCACAACACACUCAACUCCCAUGUCACUCCAAACCCAUCACCUGCCAUCCCACCAUCAUCUGCUCAACCAUCUAUCAACCAUCUAUCAACGUUCAACAGCUACUAUCGUUACCCGCCUCAUCACUCUAUUAAACAACACUGCCCAUCUCCCAACCGCAUCCACUCGCGCUCAGAACCUAAAAAUUGAAAACCAAAUCAACGCGUCACAUGACCGACAUCUUAUUGAUCGUACAUAA